AUGCAAAAAGACUCUCUGCUCGCGAACGCAUCCUGUCUGCGAUGCACUCUGCUCAAUCUCAACUGUUCUAGAAUCGCCGCCGACGCUGACGAAUCUGAGGGGGAAUGCUCACAGUGUUCAGGCUUCGACGGCGACCUACCUUGCACAACGGAGGAGGAGCUUACAGAGGACUUUGAACAAGCAUUUUCGGGAGUCAUAGAACUUGAGAAUGGAGUCUGGAUCUUGACGGAGCCGACUGGGGAGUCUAAGAAGAUCAAGGUCGACUUGAGCUCCUUCACUGCAGAUGAAGUACAGCACCACGCUGUAGUAGACUAUCGACCGCUACCGGACGACGACGAAGACACAUCAUACGACCGGUUUCUCGCGCAAUUCGAAGACCUCUCCAGCAGAUGGACGCUUCUGUAUGGAGACGAAACAUUCUAUAUCAUUUCCAAAGCAGCCGUCUUCCAGCGAUACAUGUACACAUGCGGAGGCCCUAUUCGAUACGAUCGAACUCGAAGCCCUCUAUUCCUUGCCCUCCGUUGUCUCGUAGUAUCCCACGAUAUCAUGGAGAUCCGUCUGCAGACAGAGCCGCGCGCUCAGAUCCGCAGCCAUAUUCACGGCAGGGAGGCCGGGAUCGAAAGACACGGGGGCGUCGUGCCCCAAAUCGGCAUGUGGCUAGGCGAUAAUGUCGCAUCUGAUUUCUCCGAAAGCCGGAAACCCUCGUCGGACACGCUAUGCUAUCUUCUCCAGGAGAUAUUCGCAUCCGCGCAGAAGAGCCUACUCACGGGGAAUCCUCGCCUCUGGCCUUUGGUUCUCUACACCCUGAUGAUGCUGAUUGUGGCACGGUACCAACUCAAGCGCGGAGAAGGCUUUACGGACACGUUCCUCGGGCCGCACUGCGCAGUACAUGAAGCUUUAGAGCGUCUUGCAGACCUUUUCCUCUACUGUUGCGGCGACAUGCACCCUCUGACCGAUGCCUUCGACCCGGAGUGGUUCGACCUGUGCGUUGGGGGAGAACAGAUGCUCAUCAACGAUUAUGAGGAGUUCCACGAGUUGUGCGUCGUGGAAACGACAAAUGGAAUCGAAUUACUCGAUGAGCUGGAUGUGCACAUCUUGGGGCUUGGUUGAUUUCAGAAUGUGGCGAGCCUGUCCGUGAGGGGAUACGAAUCGAUAUCACCGGCCGUGAAGCGAGAAAUAAACGCAUAGAUUACCGGGUAACUGCACGUUUCCAGUCCCUUCCAGGCGCAGUGGUCAAGAAGACGUGUUCACACGAAGGCCGGUCAAUGUCUUGUCCGGCGAAAGGAUUGGAGUGAAUGGAUAAGAAUAUGGUAGAUGGAAAGAGAGCAGCUGGUUAUUAUUGAUGGUUUAGAACAGAACCUGGUAUAGCAAGAAUGCGAUAGGGAGUAGUGCACUAGAAAGAAAAAAGCUCUAUUGGAACAUGCGAUAGCUACGGAGCCGUCGGAGUGGCUGUUGCUG